AUGGAGCCCGAGGACCUGCCGUGGCCGGGCGAGCUGGAGGAGGAGGAGGACAAGGAGGAAGAGCGGGAGGACGAGGGAGUCGUGGUGGAGGAGUUGGCGGGCAAGAUGUCCCCGGCCGAGCCCGACUUGAGUGAUGAAUUCCAGCGUCGGGACAGUACGGACGAAGAGGACGAGGAGGCCGAGGCCUGGCUGCAGGCGCCCCCGACCCAGGUCUUGACCUCGUGGGACCGCUACUCGGAGGACAAGAGGUCGUGUGUGAAGACGCCUCCUGUCCCGGUGUCGGACGAAACGCGCUGCCGCAAGUCGGGGCUUAUCGGGGUCCCCUCAUCUCCCGCGCUUUUUGCGUCCAACUCGCGGUUCCCGGGCCUUUUGGGCAACGCUAGGAGUUGGACGGGUGGACUCCUCGGCUGUCCUAUGACCCCUCGGCGGCCUCAGGUGUGCGAAGGAGGGGGCAUCAGCCUGCAGCGGCCCCAGGUGUGCGGGGUGGUGUCGCCCGUGACCCCGUACCUGCCCCAGAAAAUGGAAUCUUGGCAUUGUCUUCCUCGAAAAAUCUACUUUUCCCAAACCUCGGAUACAUUACAGACCAGGUUGAACACGAGAGAGAGAAAGGCUGAAAUCACCGACUUCCCCUCUCUGGAGGAAGGUGCACUGGCCCAGUCAGAAAGUCAAGUGAAGAAAAACAACAGAGAUUACUUAUGUUCUCCAUUGCUAGUGAUACAGGACAGCUUUGCAUCUCCUGAUUUGCCUUUGCUGACUUGCCUAACACGUGACCAAGAAUUUGGAACAGAUUCCCUAUAUCAACAAAGUGAAGUGGAGUUUGCACCCCUGAGGGGUGUUCCUGAUAGAUCUGAAGACUGUGAGUGGUUUUCUCGGCCGUCGGAAGUCAGCGAAGCCUUGUUCCAGGCAGCCUCGGAGGCGACUUCCUUGAGCAGCUGCUUCAGUGUAUCCCAGCACCCACUCGUAGACGCUUCCACUAUCGCGUCUCAGCAUUCUCUUUCACAUCCUCAACUUGACAACAAUGAUGAACUGAACCCCCCCCAAGGCUCUACUACUUACGAUGUUCUUUGUUCGUAUAUGUCACUAAAGACACAAGAGAUUGGACAGCAGUGUUGGAAACAGGAAGCUCCUCAGCCGUCAGGAUCUUGUAAGGAUGGUGAUUCCCUCUCGGACUCCUCUGACACCGUUGAUGAGAAAGAGAUUCCCGAGGGCAAUGACACCUUUGACAUCCCUGCAGCAUCCUUUAAGCCUUGGAGGGAGCAAAGGCCUCCCCAUCACCUGGACGCAGGCUUGGCCAAGCAUCUCCAGGAGAGCACAGACUCUGACAGCACUGUGGAGGAUGCGACCGAGCACUGUGUCGUAGAUGGACAUGCGGUUGUGAGCAGUGAGAGAGUUGCUGAACUGCUGAGAGAGUCAACCAGAGAACUGGAAUUCCACCCAUCAGAUCUCAGAAUGUUGAGAGUCUUCCCUGAGGCUGUGUCCAAGACCCUGAGACAGUCCCCUCAACACAAGACCGUGGUUGACCACACCAGUGUUUUCUACCACCAGACUUUGCCAGACAGUCAUCUGAGUGAUCAAACUCCGGAAGUUUCAGCAGUCCCUGCGCUGGCAAAGCAAAGGAUUGAAAAACCACCAGUACCUUAUAGCUCCCACUCAUCCAGGCAGAAGCCUAGGGCUUCAUAUGGCUAUGAAUUCUCAGAUGUUUAUCUAGCUGAGAAAGCUCUGAAAGAUCCAGAGUCUGCUGGCCAAGCUGAUGAGAGCUCUGAGAUAGCAAGGCUAGCCGCGAGUCGCUCCACACACAGAGGGAAAGCGAGUCUUGGCUACACACAGGCAUUGCCAGACAGUGAUCUAACUGAAGAGAUCCUUGUAGCUGCUCCUGGACCAGCUGCCUGGAAGACUGAGAUAGAAACGGUUCCCUCCAGCUCAUCCUCAUACAGAGGGAAGCCCAGUGCUUUAUUCCGUCAGGAGCUGUCAGAUAGUCAUUUUCCUGAAGAGCUGCUAAAGAGGCCAGCUGACCAGAUUGGGACACCCAAAGUCCUCUCUAGUUUUUUACAAAGAGAACAGCCUGAUUCUCUUUACCAGCAGGCAUUACCAGAUAGCCAUCUAACUGAGGAGGCACUGCAACAAAGUUCACCUAUUCCUGGCAUGCUACCUGCCCAGAAGACCAGGCUGCCAGUCUUUGAGAAUUAUUACUAUCAAAGAGAAAAGGCUGGUGCUUCUAACCAGCAGGCGUGGCUAGAUAGUCAUCCGACUGAACAGGCCCUGAAAAUGUCACCUGUUCCUGGCAUGCCACCUGCUCAGAAGACUGGAAUGGUAACAGUGCCCACUAGUUCCUACCUAAGCAGAGAAAAGCCUGGUGUUUUAUACCAACAGGGAUUGCCAAAUAGUCAUGUUACUGAAGAGGCUCAGAAAGGUUCAUUUGUUCCCAGACAACCUGAGCAGAAGAUGCUGCCUGAUACUCCUCUAAGUGAAGAGACUGUGAGAAGUUCAUCUGUCCCUGAUAUAUCAGCUGGCCUGAUAACAGAGAUCCCAACCCUGUCCUCUGGUUCCUACCCAGACAGAGCAGAGCCUGGUGCCUUCUACCGCCAGGAGUCACCAGAUAGUAAUCUAAGUGAAGAAACGGUGAGGAGUUUACCUGCUGCUGGUGGACCAGCUGACCAGAAGACUGGGCUACCGGCAGUGCCCUCUAGUUCCCACCCACAGAGAGAGAAGCCUGGUGUUUUCUAUCAGCAGGUGUUACAAGAUGGUCCUCUUACUGAACAGACUCUGGAAAGCUCACCUGCUGACCAGAAAACGGGCAUACCAGCCGCACCCUUUAGUAGUUCCUACGCACAUGGUGAGAAGCCUGGGGUUUUCUCCCAGCAGGCAUUGCCAGAUAAUCAUCUAACUGAAGAGACUCCGAAAGGUCAGGCCGUGCCUGGACAGCCUCACCAGCAGGCUGGAAUUCUGACAGAACCCUUCAGUUCCCACUCACCUCUAGAGAAACCUGAGACCUUCUUCCAGCAGGUGUUACCAGAUAGUCAGCUAACAGAAGAGUCUCUGAAAGCCUUACUUGUUCCUGGCCCAGCUGACCAGAAGACUGGGAUACCAACAGUCACCUCUAGUUUAUAUUCACAGGGAGAGAAACCAAAUAUUUUUCACGAACAGGAGUUGCUAGAGAGUCUGACAACUAAAGAAUUUCUGAAAAAGUUACCAGUUGACCCUAAGACUGGGAUACAAAAAGUGUCCUCUGGUUCCUACUUACAAAGAGAGAAGUCUGGUAUUUUCUACCAGCAGCCAUUGCCAGACAAGCUUCCAACUGCUGAAUCUGUUAAAGUUUUCGCUGUUCCUGGGGCAGCUACUCAGAAGACCGGGAUACCAUCGAUACCCUCUACUUCUCCCUCCCAUAAAGAGGAACCCAGGACUCUCCAACGACAAGAGUUGCCAGAUGAGCAUGUUCCUGAAGAGUCCCUGAACGUUUUAACUGUCCCUGGGUCAGCUGGUCCAAAGACGGCAAGACCAGCAGCGCCCUCUUCCUCCUCACAUGCGGAGACACCCAGCACUUUACACCAGCAAGCCCUACCUGACGGUCAGACAACGGAAGAAGCCCUCAGAGAGUCACCUGUUCCUGGGCCAGCUGACCAGAAGACUGGAACACCAACAGGACCCUCUCUCUCCUCCUUACCUGAGGAACAGCCUGCCAUAUUCUACCAGCAGGAGUUGUCAGACAUAGACCUGACUGAAGAAACUCCUAAAGUUUCAGCUGUUACUAGACCAACUGACCGAAAGUCAAGGAUACCAGCUGGGCCACCUCCCAUCUACUUACAGAGCGUGGGCAAGGAAGGAGUCUUGUCAGGUGGUCAGCUAACUGAAGAAUCUGUGAAAAGUUCACCUAUUUCUGGACCAGCUGACCAGGAGACCAGGACUCCAACAUUACUCCAUGCUUAUCUCUUACCGGGAGAGAAGCCCAGUACUGUCCACCAACAGAAUUUUCCAGAUAGGGAUCUAACUGAAGAGGCUCUGAAGUUUUCAACUGAUCCUGGAGCAGCUGACCAGAAGACUAGAUUGCUUCUCACUCCCGAAAGUUCAUAUGAACACAAACUGAAGGUCACGGGUUCAGUUGGUACUGGCGCAGAUGACCAGAAGACUGAGUCACUAGCAGCUCCUGAUUCACAUACAGAGAAGCCCAGGAUUUCCCUUGUGGUUGGACCAGAUGAGCAGAAAACGCCAUUACUGACAGUUGUCUCGAGCUCCUAUUCCCAAACCAUAAAGCCCAGGGUUUUCUUUCAGGGGGAGUUGCCAGAUAGACAUCCCAGUGAAGAGAAUCUGAAAAUUUUAACCAUCCCUGAACCAACUGAUCGGAAUCCUAGCGCACCAGUACCUCUUCCUAGCUCCUAUCCGCAGACGGAGAAGUCUAGUCAUUUCUAUCCAUUGGAAUUGUCAGAUAAACACCUAACUGAUGAUACUCCUACGGUUUCAGUUCCUGGACCAGCUGGCCAGAAAAUCGUGUUACCUCCGAGUUCUUUUGCAUCCAGGGAACAGUCUGAUGCUUUCUCUCAACAGGACUUGCCAGGCAGACAUGUAACUGAGGGUACCUGGAUGGUUUCAGGUGGUUUUGGGCAGAGAGAACCGAUCAUUGUGUUGCCAAUGGUUCCCUCGCGUACUUCCGGGCACAGUGAAAAGGACAAGCCUGUUUCAGACCGUCCCCAAAGGGUAAUAGGUCAUUUUGAUUCCUUUGACUCCAAGGUUGGCUCAAAGAUUUUGCCUUUAAAACCUCAGGCUGAGGGUGGAGAUCAAACACAUAAACCGGAAACCAUAGAUUUUGGAGGCUUGGGCUGUGAGGAAAUUCAAAAUAAUGACAGUAGUUCCAAAACCCUUAGAGAAAUUCAGACACUUUUAAUGGAGGCAGAAAAUAUAGCUCUGAAACGAUGCAACGCCUCUGCUCCCCUCAUCCCGUUCAAGGAUGUCGGUGACGUUUCCUGUGUACAACCCAGGAAAGUUGUUUGCUUUAAAGAACCCGUCGUAGCCGAAGAGUGCAGUGUUGAUUUGGGCCAGAAACAGCCACUGGAGAGAAACGUAAGCGACAGGUCUGUGCAGAAGGAUGGCAGCACGCAGACAAGCCCAAAGUGCCAGAGAGAUGCUGGGAACUGGGAGGUGAUAGAUUCAGCCACCGUUCAAAGUUCUUUCCAGGAAGCAGAACACAAGGCCCGGGUGGCAUUAGAGGAAACCUUUAGGCAGUGUGAAACCACGAAGUUGGUGAGAAGGGCUGAACCUCAAAGGUGUAGUGGGAUCCAUGGGAGUGAAAUUGUCAUCCCGGUCAUGACCAUCCUCCACAGCGAUUCCAGCAGUGACACAAGUGAUGGGCACGGGUCCUGCUCCUGGACCAGCCUUUUACCAGAGUCUGUGGAUUCCCUGUCGGACAUGGUCUUCAGCUUUCUUCCAGAUGCUGCUUCACCCACACCUAGCGUAGCUGAUAGAGAGGAAGAAUGUGUGUCGGAGAGUGAUGAUGGGGACAGCAGCAAUGUGGACUCGCUGGCCGCUCACGUGAAAACCCUGUUGGAGUGUGAAUCGUCGCUGAACCACGCCAAGCAGAUCCUGAGACAUGCGGAAGAGGAGGAGUGUCGGGUGCGAGCUCGGGCCUGGAACCUGAAGUUUAAUCUGACUCACGGAUGCGGACGCUCCAUUUCAGAAUUAAAUGACGAUGACAGGAGAAAAGUGGAAGAGAUCAAAGCCAAGUUAUUUAGUCAUGAAAAAACAGUGGACAUGUCCCAGGGUUUGCAGAGUCCACAGGGAAUAGAAUGCAGACCAGAAGCAGUGUGUAGCCACAUCAUUAUUGAGAGCCAUGAGAAAGGAUGCGUCAGGACGCUGAUGACCCAGCAAAACCAACUCGAUGGUCAUCCUUGUGUCUGCAGAUUGGACAAGCCGGAAGUUGUGCUCCGGGGCCAGCAGAGCUCACCGCCCUGGAGAGAUGUGCCCUGUGACCCCUCUAGGUCUCUCGACCAGAGCCACCCCCAUUUCCGAGUUUGGAACUCCUUGCAGUUACGAAGUCAUUCCCCGCUGCAAAACUUCACCGCCAGUAACUUUAAAAUUAGCAAGGAUCCGCAGGUGCCCUUCCGUGGAAAGGUGGACCCUUGGUUGUCAGAGACAGUGGAGACUGUCUGUGCAUCACCUGAGGGAAUUGACCUUCAUUCUCAACCAAGGCUGCCCCCAGAACCCAUGAAAAAGUUCACCACUUCCAUCACCUUCUCAUCUCACCGACACACGAAAUGUGUUUCCGAUUCCUCUGUCUUUAAGGUUGGUGUUACCGAAGGUGGGACCACAGCGUCGGUGGGAGUGUUCAAGUCUCAUUUCACUGAAGAGCACCAUCCUCAUAGAGCUCAAAACCAGAGAACCUCUUCCCCGUCAGCAUUUAAAAUGUGUAGCCAUUCACCUGGUGAAAACCUGGCUGUUCUAGCAGAGACUUGGCAGAACCAAAAGUUUCCUAUUGGCUGUGAGCGCUCCCACCAGGAAGUAGCGGACUGCAGAGCGGAUCAUCGUGAUGCCAGCCACAGUGCUCAUUUCUCUAGCAUGACGAGGCUGCGUUCCCCACGAGGAGCCAAAGAGAAGCCUGCGGCCCUGCCUCGAGACAUCCCCUCACUCAUCUUUCUCGAACAGCGUGAGCUCUUGGAACAAAGCAAAGCCCUGUGUGCCGAUUACCGCACGAGGAAGCCCUCUUCCCCCCUGCCUCAGCAUCAAGACCAUCUUGCUCCAUGUCUGGCUUCUCCUGUUUUCUUGGAGCAGCGAGAGCUCUUAGAACAAAGCAAAGCUUCAAAUACAGAUCAGCAGCUAAGAGAGGACCCUUCUUCCAUUCCUCACGGCCAGGACUGUGUAACUGUAGACCUCCCCUCAGACAUUUUCCUUGAACAACGAAAGCUCUUUGAGCAAAGCCAAGCUGCAUACGUAGAUACCCACUAUUCCUCCUUUCCUCAAGAUCAGGAAUGUAUAGCAGAGAAGGAUCAUCAACUUAAGCCUCUGCCACACGUUUCUGACACCUUAAACAUUGAUGACAAGUUGAGUAAAAUGGUCUCCCAGGCAGUCCCCAGACCCUGCUCUCCGCCUUCAAAUAGAAAAGCUGUCUCCUGUGUCCGUAUAACUCUUUCUCCCAAGGCUCCUUGCAAGGUAGAUAGUGGAACUUUAGAUAAGAGCUGCACUUCACUGGAUCCUAUUUCUUCAUCGAGGACUGGAGAGUAUGAUUCCGAACUACAAACUGCUACUUCAAGAUCAUCAGAUCCGACCUCAGAGCCUAAAUCCUCACUUGACUAUCAGGCCUUCCAUUUUCCAGGUGAAGGUGGUAAGGACUUGAAGGUCCUACCUCAGCACAGGCAGACCCAAGUGAGCAAGUCAGAUCUGGAAGGGUCUCUCCAUCCCACGGGGACGCCAGUGUCUGCUGACAGACCACAUUCCAUUCAGAAAGUGUCCUCAGACGCAGUCACUCAGAUCACAACAGAAAGUUCGGAAAAGACCUUGUUUACGUCCGAGAUUUUUAUUAAUGCCAAGGAUCGCAGUAAUAAAAUUCCAGGGUCCUAUCCGCAUUGGCCAUUCAAAACUCCUGACAUACAUCCUUCAGUCCAGCAGAAGAUGACUACUCGUGGUACACAAGCUGAGCCUUCCCUGCUGCCAUAUAAACCUUCUGGAAGUACACAGAUGUACUACGUCCCAGAGUUAAGAAAAACCCCACCUCCUGAAUCCAAAUCAGACACCACGCUUGAGAGCUCACACUCAGGAUCCAAUGAUGCCAUCGCCCCUGUCUUCCCAGCUCAGGUGCUCGGCACAAGAGACGAUGACCUCUCCGGCACAGUGAACAUCAAACAUAAAGAGGGGAUCUACAGUAAGAGGGCAGUGACGAAACCACCCUGGUCAGUGGGGGAGAAGCCCUCUCAGAGAGACACUGCAGGAACCAGCAAUGCCAUUGUUGUAAGGAAGAAAGAUGAAGACCUCACAGACACAGGCAUCAAACACAAAGAGGGGCUUUCCAGCAAGAGGGCUGUGAUGAGAGCGACCUGGCCAGUGGAGGAGCCGCCCAGUCACAAAGACACUGCAGUUCAAGUGACCCUCAUCGGGGACGAGAGCUUGUCAGAUACGAAAGUGAAGGAAGAUCCAUGUGAGAAGGAGCUGUUGGCUGUACCCACGUCGGUGGAGGAGGUGGACAGCGCAGGUUGCAUCACUGAAAAUCUUCCAGAUGUGAAAGCCUUUAAACAGAGAGAGGAUAUCUUUAAUAGGAGGACAACUCCUCGGACAGCGUGGACAGAAGAGAAAAAAUCUUUGUCCGAAGAUGCUGCAGAAUCCAGUUGUCACGCAGGAUUGGAAAAUACUACCCAUUCUGUCUUCCAGUCAGCCCAGUUUUACAUUCAUCAUCCAGUCCACCUCCCAAGUGAUGCAGACAUUUGCCAUGAAUCCUUGGAAAAGGGUGUUUUCAUGAGGAAAAAUUCCUUCCAGCAUCACCCAGACAAACAUAAAGAACUCUCUUGUCUCCCUCCUCCUUGUCAAAAUGCAGAUAAGACAAAAGUGGAUUAUACGCAAAUCGAGAGCCUCCGUAUCAGUGUGAAUUUGGGAAACAAAGAAAAGGGUAGUGAUCAUUUAGAAUCCAACCAAGAGGGCACUGAUCUCAAAAGAGAUCAGAGGUCUACCCCAGAGGCAGCCACUCACGGCCCCACGACUCUGAACACACUGUGGAACAAGUAUCAGGAGCGACAGAGGCAGCAGAAGCCACCUGAGGACAGUGACAAGAAGGACCUGUCCCUGGUGGAGCGACUUGACCGAUUGGCCAGGCUCCUUCAGAAUCCCAUCACACAUUCCCUGCAGGUCUCAGAAAGCACGCCAGAGGACAGCAGGGAGGAGCACAGGGGGAAGACAUGGGGUAGGAGACAGCAGAAGCUGAAACAUCAGACAAAAAAGAGGUGUAAAGACCUAGAGAAACACCCUCCAAGCACAGGAGAUUCAAAAAGAAGCAGCGUGCUUGCUACCCCUUACACUGCGAAGCCCAAUCAGAUUAAAUUUGAGCAUAUUAAAUUUAAUAAAUACAUUGUGAGAAAACAACCAGGUCUUCAUUAUGUAAGUAACACUUCUUCAGACUCUCGGCCCUCAGAGGAGAGCGAACUGCUCACUGACACCACUGCCAACAUCUUCUCCAGCACCACAUCCUCCGUGGACUCGGAGUGUCUGACCCAGACUGACAGGGAGGUGGCCCUGAACGAGAGGAGCAGCUCCAUUUCCACCAUUGAUACUGCACGUCUGAUUCAGGCUUUCGGCCGCGAGCGAGUGUGCGUGUCCCCCAGGCGGAUCCGGCUGUACAGCGCCAGCACCAGCCCACAGAAGCAGCGGCUCCUGGAGAAGCGAUGCAGGCACAACCAGAGAGCCACGAAGACGGGUCAUUUCCACGUGACCACCGAGCACACCAGAAGGAGAAACAUCCAGAUGGAAGAGCAUGUAAUUUCUUCUGACUCAAUGUCAUCUACAACCAGCAGCUUCUGGAGCUCAACCCUCACGCCCUGCAGCAAGCUGAGUGUCCACAUGUCCAACAAGGGAGUCCAGGCAGGGAACCUGGAGAUCGUGAACGGUGUGAGAAAACACACCCGGGAUGUGGGGGUGACUUUCCCAACGCCAAGCUCCAGCGAAGUUCGAUUAGAAGAGGAGAGCAAUGUGGGCUCUUCUCUGUCAGAAGAGAAAAGCGAAGCAAAAAGUUUCCCAGCCACGUACCCCCUGGACAGAAAGUUGAGGAAGACCAAGUCAGAUGUGUAUGAAGGAAUUUCGUGGUUUGUUCCUGUUGAGAACGUGAAGCGUGGACCCAGGAAGGAAAAUGUGCCGAGAUUUUAUGGGCCUGGUGUUUCCUGGUUUGAGCCAAUAACGAACACCAAACCCUGGCGGGAGCCGCUACAGGAAAAGAACUGGCAGGAGCACUGUCGGGGCUGCCUGGGGGACCCCUGCAAGGGCGAGUGUGUGCACCCGCCGAAGCCCUUUGUGAGGGCGAACCUGCAGGAAGCACUGCACCUUCACAGACCUGACUUCAUCUUCCGCUCUGGGGAGCGGCUGAAGCGGCUCAAGCUAAUCGUCCAGGAGAGGAAACUGCAGAGAGUGUUGCAGAGCGAACGGGACGCUCUGUUCAGAGACUGGCCAGGCUGCGGGGACCACACGGGCCCACAGCAUCGGCAAGGUGCCCUGGCUGCCAAGAAAAACAGACUUAUUGGAAAGAAGGAAAUGAUUCAGAGGUCUAAACGGAUUUAUGAACAACUUCCAGAAGUUCGCAAGAAGAAGGAAGAGGAGAAGCGGAGGUCAGAGUAUAAGUCCUACAGGCUGCGGGCCCAGCUGUAUAAAAAGAAAGUGGCCAAUCGAAUCCUGGGGAGAAAAGUUCCCUGGGACUGA